AUGCGUUCUACCGCCUUCGCUCUGGCCGCCGUUGCUGGCAUGGCCGCUGCCUCUCCCAUGCCCCAGGACCUUGACUUCUCUAUGCUGGACUCCGCUCCUGAGGUCGCUACUGGCCCCACUGGUGUCGCUGUUGUCGAGGAGGCUUCCAUUGCUAGCACUGUCGCCGUCAGCACUGUUGCUACUGCCAGCGCUACCGCCACUGCUGGCGCCAAGCGUGACCUUGAGAAGCGUACUUUCGGUCUUCUUAACCCCUUCUACUUCUACAAGGGCCUCGAGUGUGAGAUCUUCCACAACUGCGGCAGCCAGGGCAGCUCCCAGCAGGGCUGGGGCUGUGGCAAGCCUACCCAGACCAAGGCUACCUGGUCCCUGAUCACCACCUCUACUCCUCCCACCAACAUCCCCGCCUACUCUUACAGCACCUCAGCCGGCUCUUCUACUGCUGAUGCCGUUACUGGCUCUUCAUCCGCUGCUGUUUCGACCUCCAGCUCGGCUGCUGCCACUACAACUCAAUCUCCCAGCACUACUGCUGAUUCUAACGCCCCUUGCCCUACCUCUCCCGAGGAGGGCACCUACUGUGGGUUCAUCAACCCAGAAGAUGCCUGCGCACCUCAACCUGUCCAGCCCGACACUGUCGACGCUUUCUACUCUUACGCUCCUUUCCACUCCAUGGCAUCUGCUGCCCCUACUGUUGUCCCCAGCUCGGACAAGACUCAGUACACUCAGGUCUUCAAGGACCUUAACGCUGCCGUGUCUGCUAACUCCUAUAUUGGUCUUUACACCUUGACCUCUUACAACGCCCAGGAGUGCGCUGCCAAGUGUGAUGACACUGACCUCUGCACUUCUUUCAACAUCUACAUCGAGCGUGACCCCAGCCUUGCCCCUGCCAACAACGACAACACUACUUACACUCCCUGGGAGACCUACUGCCCUAACCCCUCUUCCAUCACCAACUACAAGUGCACUCUCUGGGGCUCUACUCUCUCCGCCGACCUCGCCACCAACAAGGGCGACUACCGUGAGCAGUUCCAGACCGUUAUCACCGGUUCCGAUGCCUACGACAAGACCAACGUCACUACUCCUUCCNNUGCUCAGUUCCUGCUGCUCCUGUCUCCACCUCCGCCAUCUCUUCGUCGGUUGUCUCUCCCUCCAAGCCCACCGGUCCUCCCGCACCUCCCGCUGGUGGACCCCUGCCCUCCCGCCGGUGGCCCUGCUCCUCCUGCCCCUGCCGGUCCCGGCCCCAAGAAGCCCACCCUGAAGCCCGGUCAGAACUGCGGUCCUAAGGCUAUCUCCGCCCCCAAGUACCACAUGGGCAGCAAGUUCAUCCCCGGACCCUUCAACCCCCAGGUCUGCUCCAACUACGCCAUUGAGCAAAACACCUUCAACCGCAACGCCGCCAUCAAGGCCGGCAAGCACAGCUACACUCCUUGCAAGAUGUUCAACUCUUACUUCCUGCACAAGGACAACAAGCCUUUCGGUACUUACUGCUCGCUCUUCGGCGCUGCUCUUGACCACAACAAGUACGCCACUUUCGGUGGCAGUGGUUCUUACAAGACUCACCAGUCUUGGACUUUCGAGUUUGAGUUUGACGCUGAGUACUCUCGCUGCUAA